CGGAGAGAAAAAAAGUCCAGUGGCAACUCAACUGUCUCCACUUCGUGAUUGUCUAGUUUUGUUAGGGAAGAAGAAGAAACUUUAGUAGAAAGAGAAAAUUGUCAUAUCAUUAAAAAGUACACUGCUCAACAGCUCAAAAUGACGAAUACCAAUUUUGAGAUGGAAGUGGACGAAAAGUCCUCAAAGGGUGAGGGUUUCCGACCAUACUAUAUUACUAAGAUUGAGGAGUUGCAGCUGAUAGUGGCUGAGAAGAGCCAGAAUCUGCGGCGUCUGCAGGCUCAGAGGAAUGAACUGAAUGCGAAAGUUCGCAUGUUGCGAGAGGAGCUGCAGCUGCUCCAGGAGCAGGGCUCUUACGUGGGUGAGGUGGUAAAGCCAAUGGACAAGAAGAAGGUGCUUGUGAAAGUGCAUCCUGAGGGAAAGUUUGUAGUCGAUCUGGACAAGAACAUCGACAUCAACGAUGUGACACCUAACUCGCGCGUCGCACUGCGUAACGAGAGUUACACUCUACACAAGAUCCUCCCAAACAAGGUGGACCCCCUGGUAUCACUUAUGAUGGUAGAGAAGGUCCCGGACUCUACGUAUGAGAUGGUGGGAGGCUUGGACAAACAGAUCAAGGAGAUAAAGGAAGUGAUAGAACUGCCAGUCAAACACCCUGAGCUCUUUGAUGCUCUUGGAAUUGCACAGCCCAAGGGAGUCCUUCUCUAUGGGCCACCUGGCACUGGCAAAACUCUGCUGGCCCGUGCUGUCGCUCAUCACACUGAGUGUACCUUCAUUCGAGUGUCCGGAUCCGAACUGGUCCAGAAGUUCAUCGGAGAGGGCUCUAGAAUGGUGCGAGAACUUUUCGUCAUGGCUAGGGAGCACGCUCCAUCCAUCAUCUUCAUGGACGAGAUCGACUCGAUCGGCUCGUCACGUAUCGAGUCCGGCAGUGGCGGAGACUCCGAGGUCCAGAGGACUAUGUUGGAGUUGCUCAACCAGUUGGAUGGUUUUGAGGCCACCAAAAACAUCAAGGUAAUCAUGGCUACCAACCGUAUCGACAUCCUGGACCCUGCUCUGCUGCGACCUGGUCGUAUUGACCGCAAGAUCGAGUUUCCCCCACCAAACGAAGAGGCUCGUCUGGACAUCCUUCGCAUCCACUCGCGCAAGAUGAACCUGACACGUGGCAUCAACCUACGCAAGAUCGCAGAACUCAUGCCGGGUGCUUCUGGAGCUGAAGUGAAGGGGGUUUGCACCGAGGCAGGGAUGUAUGCUCUUAGGGAGAGAAGAGUUCAUGUCACCCAAGAGGAUUUUGAGAUGGCAGUGGCCAAGGUCAUGCAGAAAGACUCUGAGAAGAACAUGUCGAUAAAGAAACUCUGGAAGUAAUUCUGUCUGUCUUGCACUGGCAGAAAUCAAAAUUGUCAUUCAAUAUUAUCAAUGUUUGUGAAUAAAAUAAUGUAGCUUCAAUAAAUUAAUUUUCUAUACUA